AUUUCAGAUUUAUGUGUUUUCUUAUUUGGCAUGGAUUAAUUUACCGAUAGAGACAAAGGCAAAUAAAUGUGGAAAUGAUUCUAUGGAAUUGUAUGCAGCGGGAAGAUAUGACAGCGAGCCUUUCAAAAUGAACGAACAUGAUAUUAUCCAGCUCUACGGGGAAGAUGUCCAAUAUGUCAAAAAUGCGUUUCUAUCUAGCGACUCUACAUGCAACAACAAUGUAUAUUCUCUUGAAGAACAUGAAUUGGAUGACGACAAGAAAAAUCUAUCAGGAGUUCUUGUCGAAUACAAAAUUAAAAUCAGCUUGCUGCAAUCCAGUGAUGGUGUGAAACAUUUAUUUUUUUGUACAAAUCCAAAAAGUGUAGAUAUUGCAAGAAUGUUGGAGAUACCUGAAGGAAAAGAUAAAACUCGAGUCUACUUUAUGAUGCCACUGUUAGUACUUUGCCUCGGUUUAUCUGCAACAUUCUCUGGGCUUAAUCUUGCAAUAAUGUCAUUCAGCAUCAACGAUUUGAAGCUUAUUCAAGAAAGUGAUUCGGAUAAACUGAUGAAACAACGAGCUAUGGAUGUAAUGCGGCUUCGAAGAAACAGUAAUUUUGUACUGGUGACUAUAAUCUUUGGGAAUUGUUUCUGUAACAUCUCUAUCACACUUCUCAUGAAUUAUUUCGCCGAGUUUUAUGGAUUCGGAGGGUUUAUUUUUGUCGAAUUGAUAUCAACCGCAUUGCUCCUCAUUUUCACGGAAAUCCUACCGUCUCUGAUUUUUACCAAAAAUGCUCUUGCCAUUGCUAGCCGUCUACAAUAUUUUGUCAUUUUCACGAUGUGUAUCACUUCACCUAUCAGUUACCCACUGGCUAUGCUCCUAAAUAUCAUAUUGGGCAAGGAGAAUGCUGACGACAGUGCUCCGUUGGAUCUAGAUGCUCUACAAAUCGACGAGCUAGAAGAUGAGGAAGCCGCCGAUGGAAAUAAUUUUCAUGAGAUGAUGUCAGUUGUGAAAAAAACAAUUAAACUACGCGAGAAAUUAGCAAGUGAUGUGAUGACAGAGAUUGACAAAGUAGGAAUGUAUAGUGAACACCAACAAGUGACGCAUAGCUUCUUAUUGGAUGCAUACGAACAAGGCCAUUCACGUCUGCCAGUUUAUGAAGGGGAAACCAGGAAUAAGAUUCGUGGAGUUUUAAAUAUCACGGAUAUGAUGCUCCUGAUGGACGAUGAAGGAAGAGGAUCAGACACAGAUUUAACACUUGGAACUAUGUUAUCGGUUCUCGAAAAAAGAAGAAAGCAUUGUUUUGUUCUCGACACAAUGCCAGUCGAGCACUUCAUGUCAGAACUUCAACAAGGAUGUCCAAUGGCAAUUGUGGUUAGAUAUAAGGAAGUUGAUUCGGAAGAAGAUGGGACGGAAAUCUAUGAAGUAUGUGGAAUCGUUACUCUUGAGGACUGUAUCGAGGAAAUUCUUGGAGAAAUUUUUGAUGAAAAAGAUGCUCGACAGGAAUGAAACGUCACAUUCAUAAUUUCUUUUUUUCCUGUAUCAGUGUAGCGUUACAUGUAACCGAAAAGUCUUAAAAACUUGCUUUUUAUUCUUUCUGUAUUUUUGAAACGUAUUCCUUCGAGGGAUUUCAAAUAUUUAAUUUUCUAUUAUCGAAAAAAUACGAUCGCACAAAUUUCUCAUAAUUUAUUUUUUUUGAUCUACCUUGUUGACUAGGCUCCUCCCCUUCCUUCGACAAGACAGCCACAACGAAAUAACAACAUCAACAAGAUUGAGGGCGGAGUCAAGUUCAACAGGUAGAUCAAAAAUAAAUUAUGAGAAAUUUGUGCGAUCGUAUUUUUUCGAUAAUAUCAUU